AUGUCUUAUACGAAGAACCGUUCCUCCAUUCCUUCGGUUACCCAACCCGUCCGAUCAUUCUUGAACUUACCUUUUGGAAACAACGACGUUCAAACUCACAAAGUCUCCAAGGUUGUACAGGGAAACCAAAAGCAAAUCUACGAUGUGGUUUCCAACGUAGCAUUGUAUAAGGAGUUUGUGCCCUUCGUUGAAGAGUCAUACGUAGAGAAGAAAAAUGGAGAUACUGCUAUUGCUGGGUUGAGGGUGGGCUGGAAACAGUACGAUGAGAAGUUCGAAUGUAAAAUGACCUAUAAGCCUUACGAAUCGGUUAUUGCUGAAAGUCUUACCUUGUCCUUGUUUACGGAAUUGCAUACUCAAUGGACUUUCAAGCCCAGAAAGACCCUCCAUGGAGAAAGUUGUAAUGUUGAGUUGGAACUCAAAUACAGAUUCAAGAACCCGCUCUACAAUGCAAUGAGUUCCAUGUUCUCAGAUCAGGUCACUUCUAUCAUGAUCAAGGCAUUUGAAACCAGGUUGAAGAAACUUUCCUACCAAAGCAAACUCAAGAAUCAUUCGUCUUAG